AUGCAGAACAGCUCGACUUCAAGAAAACUGCGAACACCAUCGCUGAUAGAGCGAGCGACUGACAAACUGUGGUGGAUCCAAGGAAAUUUACAUCUGAAAGCAAACUGGGAAGAGGCCCCCAAACUGCCUGGGUGGGAAGGAAAGAUCUCCAUGGAUAUACGUGUUCCAAUUCAUCAAUUACAGGGCUACUAUAAUCAGUCGACAUCUCUUAUUGCUGCUUGUGUGCUGAGUCAUUUCGUGGACACUGUUCCAUCUUCUGAUGCUACAAGCGUCUCUGAUUCGCUUGAAACAAUUGUCUCGUUAACAGAUACUCCAUCAUCCUUAAUAAUUUUCCAACGGCUUCCGUUGAUUCUUCUGAAUUACAUCUCGAUUGUAUUGGCGUUGA